AUGAAUCUCUUUCUCUUCUUCUCCGUCUUUCCUCCCUCCUUCCUCUCUCCCCUCUCUUCGCCCCCCUCCGUUUCUUUCCUGCUUUUCUCCCUCACCACCUCCUUGGGAGGAAAUCCACCUUCCCACAUCCUCCGUUCGUCGCUCCUCCCGUUCGUCGUUCCUCCCGUUCGUUCCCCCUCUCUCCUACCGCUGCCCCUCUUACCACUUCCAAUCUUCUCUGAUCUCCUUUGCCUGAUUCUCCUUAGUUUCCCUUCCCUUCCCUCCCGUUCUUAUAACCACCCCCCUCCCCCCCCUCCUCUCUGCCCCCCUUCCUCUAUCGGCAACGCCCCCUUCUUCUCCCCGUCCAACUCACCCCCUUCCCCCGCUCCCCCACCAUGUGCGGCCUUCCUCCCCCCCGCUUCACCCUGUUCCGCGUAUUCCCCCCCAGUGCUGGGCGUGGCUAGAGAUGCGUCACAGCAGGACAUCCGUGCGGCGUACAAGAAGCUCGCCAGGCGAUGGCACCUGGACAAGAACCAGGGUGCAAAGGCAGCGCAUGAACGGUUCCUGUCAGUGCAGGCGGCAUACGAGAUGGUGGGAGAGGAGGAAGCGAGGAAGAGGUUCGACCGCUACGGUGCUGAUGCGGACGAUCACAGCGGUGGGGGUCAGUACCAGAGGCAGCAGCGCUACCAGCAUCAUCAUGCCUACUCCGACUCAUUCUUCUCGCACUGGGGACAGCAGCAGAGUGACGACCUCAUGCCGUCGGCCACUAAGACGCUGACAGCUGUCAACUUCGGGCAGCAGGUGCUGGGCGGCGGAGACGCGUGGCUCAUUCAGAUCUUCUCCAUCUAUUCGCCGCAGUCCCGUGCCUUUGCCCCGCACUGGGAGAAGCUGGCGUCGGAAUUCGAAGGUGUGGUGCGGUUUGGCAGGGUGGAGGUAUCGGAGCAGCGGCGCCUGGCAUCGGUUCUCGCCAACCACAAGUGCUUCCGCUCCUCCUUCGGCUUUGGAUCCGGCUUCCCGGCCUUCGUGGCCUUCACCCCAUCCUGUCGGGACAUUGCGUGCUGCUCGUCCGUGUGGGCCUCUGCAGCCCCUUCCUCUCUGCGCUCCUUCCUCACUGACUCGCUCCUCCUCCUGCCUUACCUCCCGGCCGUCUCUCCGUCCCUCCUUGAAUCCCUACCUCUUCGCCUCUCCUUCCAAAAGCCAGUCGUAGUGGCUGCUGUUCCAGUCGAGUCCUCCUCGUCCGCCUCCUCUUCCUCAGCAGCAGCCGCUCUGCUCCUCCAGAUGAGGGUAGCAUCAGCGGAUCCGCAAUGGCGUUCCUCCCUCCACUUCUCCUCUGUCGCCCUGCACCCACACCACCUCAACGCGCUCGCCCCUCGCCUGGGCAUGCGUCGCCUUCCCUGUCUGCUCAUCUUCAAGGACCCUCAGAGAGAGCCUCUAGUUGUCACUGGGAAGUGGAGCAAAGACAGGCUUCAUGACGUGCUGUCUAAGAACCAAUCGCCUGAUCUCCUUUCCCUGCACAAGGACUCAGCGCCUCUGCUCCGAUUCUACAUCCCCGAUUCCUCCCACCUCUUCUCCCUCUUCUCCUCCCCUUCCUCCUCCUCCUCCUCCUCCUCCUCUUCCUCUGCCGACUCCUCUCACCCCUCUCUCCCCGCACACGGGCCCUGGUACUCUCUAGUGCUCAUCGGCCAUUCAGCAGACCUCGCCCUCUCCAAGUUCUCCUCUUUCGCCUCCUCCCUUUCGGAGAUUCGCAAGCUGAAGCGAAUCCUCGACAACCCGCCAUCCUCCUCCUCCUCGCCUCCCUACACUGCCUUCUCCUCCCACCGCCUCUUCCUCUCUUGGCUCGAUGCCUCCCAACAGCCAGCUGUUUGCCGCUUCCUCCUCUCCCUCUCCCCUCACUCCCACACCCACUCUCACACUCGCUCACACGCUCACGCUCACUCUCACGUCCUGCCUAGAAUUAUUACUCAACUUGCACAAUUCUUCUCCCAGCUCUUAUCUCCUGUUCUCCGCGUCCUUCCAUCUCCCAUCACCUCCUCCCUCUCACGUCUCUCCUCCUCAAUCCUCCGCUACCUCCCUUUCUCGCCCUUCGCCCCUCCCCCGUCCAUCCUCUCCCUCUGCUCCUCCCCCUCUCUCUCUCACUACACCACACACUAUCUCGACCAGUUUCUCCUCCUCUCCUCCCACCUCGUCUCCUCCCUCUCCUCCUCCUUUCAAGACUAUGCCAACUCCCUCUCGCUCCAAUUUCUCGGGUCUCCGUUCUUUCCGCUCGGGCAGCCGAAAAGCUCUCUGAUCGCUGGAUGGAGCUGGGGCAGGUGGGGAAAAGAAAGAAACGAUGGCAAAGCAAGUCUGAGAACAGGAGCCUGUCCUGCCAUAGUGUUGUUGCGACACCAGCACGUGGGAACGGGUGGAGGAAAAGGCGGAAAGGGAGGAAGGGGAAACGGAGGAUGGGGAGCAAGAUGGGGAGAGUUAGGAGGAGAGGGGGUGAGAGGGGGAGGGAAUAAGAGGAGGGUAUCACAGCAUGUGGCUGUGCUGCGACGGAAGGGAGGAGGGGGAAGGGCAUCAGGGAGGGGAACGAGGCGGAGUGAGGCGGGGGGAGGGGACGACUGCCCGUUGGUUUCUGCAGGAGAGAUGUUUGAGUGGCUAUCAGAUCUCAUAGGAGGCAGUGAAUCACAUGAUCUCGUGCAUCCUCAGUUCCGAGCUCUGCAGCAGCAACCUCCCGCUCUGGCCCAUCCAAACACCUGGUGGGACCACACACUCUCUCCCUCCUCUUCCUCCUCCUCCUCUCUGCCCUCCUGGUUCCUCCCCUCCGCCCUCCUCUCCUUCCUCUGGCAAUCCUUCUAUGCCUGUAAACACACUCUGGAGCUGCUUCUAGGGGAGCCGCUAGGGGAGGCUAUUUCAUCCCCGCUACUGUCUGCCUUCAUAACGCUCGUUGUGAUCUACACUAUUGGCACGUGCUUAGGUGCUCCUUCCACUGCAUCUGCAACGGGAGCAGGAGGGAUAAGAGUAUCAGAGGAGGAGGAAGGGGAGGAGGAGGAAGAGGAGGAAGGGGAGGAAGAGGAGGAAGAGGAAGGAGAGGAGGAUGGGGAGGAGGAGGGAGAGGGAUGGGGAGUGGAUCAGCAGAAGGGCCGAGGGGUGAAGAAGAGAGAGGAGGCAAGGACAGCAGAUGAUGCAGCAAGAGCAGUGGCGUGGGAGAGGAAGCGACUGAACAUGUGGGAGCAUGGUCCCACUCACAAACCCUCGUCUGACUACCUCCCACCUCUUUCCAGGGUUACCCGUGAUGCUCUCAGUAGCGUUCACAGCAGCAGUGUGAUUAGCAGCGGCAGCAGCAGCAAGGCCAGCAGUAGUAGUAGCAGGGGUGAGGUAGCAAAGGUUGGUGUGAGGAGCAGUGGCGGCGGAAGCAGUGGGAGGGAGAAGCAAGGGAGAAUGGAGGGUGGUGGAGUGGUGGAACUCUCUUCUAGUGCGGAUUGCUGGUGGCUGCCUGCUGAUAGGCGAACAGGCAGCAGCAGCACCACCAGCGGCAGCACCAGCAGUAGCAGCAGCAUGUUAGUGAGUGGUGGUAGCACGGCGCCAUAUGCUGUGGUGAUGGUGCUGCGGGACUGUGCCUCGUCUGACAAAGACGCUGCUCUUACUAGCUACAGAGAGGUGGCCGCAUCCUUUGCCAAAGAACCAAGGCUUGUGUUUUCCUACGUUGACUCAUCAAAACACCAGGCAUGGCUUUCCUUACUCUCCCUCUUCUCCCCACGAGCUAAAGGAGGGAGAAUAAGUGAGGAUAAGGAGUUGAGCGGAGGAGAUCGGUACGGCGGUAGGGAAGGGAAUGGGGUGGAGAGAAGGGAGGAGAGAGGGAAGGAGCAGCAGGAGGAAGGUGAAGGAUGGGUGGAGGUGGAAAGUGAAGGGAGGGCAAGCAGAGGGAGGGAAGGGGUUGAAGGAAGAAGAGAUGUGCCUUGUGUGGGAACAGCAGCAGUGAUAGUGGCUUCUUUUUCUUCCCCUGUGCGUUGGUUUUUAUUGGAGGCUGCUCCUCUUCCUGUGCUCCCCUGUAUUGUGCAGUGCAUAGGCAACAUGCCCGAUGACACUGUGAAAGUGCUUGUAACAAGAGUGGAGCGGCUCUUAGAUGGCUCGUUUGGUCCGUGGGUGCCGGCGUCUUGGCCUGCUCUAUCCUAA